UUUUUUUAAAAAUUAUUUUUGGUAAUUGCGUUAGGAAAAAAUGGUUACUUUUGUGAAAGAUGAGAUUUUUAUCUGAGUAUUGACUUGGCGGAAUGGAUAUAGAAGAUUCAUGUAGCCAGACUCUUAAGUAAUUUGGUAUUGAGGUGGAGUUGAGUGAUGGACUUAAUGAGAAAGUUUCAUUCUUUGGAAGCCUCUUAAGAGAAUACAUUUUCAUGACCCAUUUUUUACCCAUUGCACAAAUAUAAACUGGUAGUUAAAUUCAUGCAUUUGAUCUAUUUUUGACUCAGGUUUUGGAACAUUGAAUAGAUCUAGGGGAUUGCAUGGUAGUCGCUCCAUGGAAACACAUAUUGAUUUCGUGCAAUGGCUUGACACUGACGUGUCUCUGAACAUCCUGAUGUGUUUGAAGGAUCCAGCUGAUGUGGUCCGUGCUGGCUCUGUUUCGCGCCUUUGGCACGAAUUUGUGGUUACUAAUGGACUCUCCAAGCAACUGUGUUUUGGAAGGUUUCCGCAGCUUUCCAGGAUUGCCCGUGUAACAGAAUUAGAUGCGAGUGCAGCAGAACCAAAAGAUGUUGGAUCUAGCAAUUCCAACUGGGAGACUCUAAAAAGAGAUCAUGAAGUCUACGCGUCUCUACUUCAAGCUAUUGAAACAUCAAAGUCAUGUCGAAGUGAUUGCAUAGGUUAUGCAGUCAGUGCUUCAAGCACGGACAAUUAUCCAGAUGAAAGUAUUGUCAAUACUUUAAUUCCAAGGGACAGAUAUCUAAAUAGACCUUCAUACUGGUCAAGUAAAGGACACAGUGACCCCAACGCCCCUGAGACGCUAAUUUACAAAUUGAAAGCUGAUAUAUGUGUGAUCAACGAAGUUGAUACACAACCUUUUGAAGCUUAUUUCCAGCCCGGCAAGCCCAUAUACUCUGCAAAAUCUGUUCGAUUUCGGUUGGGGUAUCCCAAAUCCUCGAGAGAUGAGAGUGAUCUCCUGCAAUUGCCCCAGCAACAGCCUGCUGAUGACAAGUUUGUAUGGACAUAUACUUCUGAAGAAUUCCCUAUGACACAGGAAAAUUGCUUUCAGCGGUUCAAUCUACCCGAGCCUGUGCUUUGCAUUGGUGGAUAUAUGCAGAUUCAGCUUUUGGGCAGAGUUCAGAGACAAGAAAUGGAUGACUUGUUUUACAUAUGUAUUUGUCAUGUGAAAGUUGUAGGGCGACCUCUCAGCCCUGCAUUCGACAUAGAGGUCCUAGAACCAUCUCGAGAAUUUGUACUGAAGUACAAUCGAGAUGUUUUCGGUUGCAUGUUGCAGAGCAUGACUAAUGGAGGUCAUCAAGAAUCAAAUAUGCCUCCAACACCAUCAGAGGGAUUUGUGCUUGAUGCAGGCCUUCUGGAGUAUUUAUUACAGGGUUACCAGCCGGGUGUUGAACCUGUGGAAUGGGACGAGGACGAUGAUGAUGAAAUGGAUGAAGCGGGAAUUUUGUAAUUUAGCAUCGUCAUUUUCUUUUCUUUUAGUUUCUUACAUUUCUUUCAAAAUAAUUGAUGUCCCCUCUCUUUGAUGAUCCUUUGGUUACGUAGUUUUGCAGCAGGUCUUUGUGUACUCAAAGCUUUAGAGGUGCAUAAACCCUUGUAGAUGAGACUGUAUUACUGAUGAUCCGUUGUAGAUGCUUGUAUUAGGCUUUUGCAUUUUUUACUAUCACAAACAUAUAUCAACGGAGAGUUGCACUAAUGUGCAUGCAAAUGACAUUUUCAUUAGUGGGUUUCAA